AUGUUCGGUCCAACGUCAAAUCCCGCAAAUCAAUCUUGUCAAGAUCCCGAUAUUCAGAUCGACCUGGCUGGCCAAAGUCAAACUCAGAGCACCCAGUCCCGACAAUCUCAACUACAACCCAGCAAAAAGACUUCAACCAAACAAAAGCAGAAACCACCAACCAAGCGGAAGCAAAGCAAGAAAACUGUCAACAGCAAUGAAGAAUCGGACUCGGACAAAUCUGGUGAUAAUCCGAUUGAUCACGUUCAGGACUCAGAUGCCGAGAAUUCGAAGGUCCAGAAGCUCAAUAUGAAGAAAUCGACUCAAUUUGAUGACAUACUCGACUACUACAAGGCCCCGUUCCAUGCAAAGGACAACGAUCAGGUACGUUUCUAUGUUUAA